AUGUCUGAAGAGAGGAAUAUGGUCCCACCGGCCGUCCCCCGAAUAACACUUACGCCCGUCGAGCAAACUUUGCGAUUAUGUCUACUAGAUGCGGCGGAGUUCAUCCAGCAACGGGGCAACCAAGAUCCCGCUUCAGUGCCAACAGCGGCCGACCCACUAGUUCUACGGUUUGCUGGAGGAUGGGUGCGGGACAAACUUCUCGGGGUUGAUAGUCAUGACAUCGAUGUAGCAAUAAACUGCAUGACGGGGGAAAGAUUCGGGGAGGGGUUGAAAGAGUACCUGGAUAUGCCCGGAAACCUCGAAAAAUACAAGGCGUGCCAUUCUGGGAACCCAUCUAUCAUCGAUUUCAUCAAAAUUCAUAAGAUUGAGAAGAAUCCUGAAAAAUCAAAACACCUUGAAACUGCCACUACAAAAAUAUUUGGCCUGGAUAUUGAUUUGGUAAAUUUGCGCAAGGAAACGUAUUCUGACGAUAGCCGCAAUCCCCAGGUCGAAAUAGGUACCCCAGAAGAGGAUGCGCUUCGUCGGGAUGCUACUGUGAAUGCAUUAUUUUACAAUAUUCAUACGGACACGAUUGAAGAUUUUACAGGCAGGGGAUUACAGGAUAUGGAAAAUAAAAUCAUACGUACACCGUUGGCUCCCUGCCAAACUUUUAAAGAUGAUCCACUCCGAGUUCUACGGUUGAUACGCUUCGCAAGCAGAUUGGGUUACACUAUCGACAGCGACACAGAAGAGGCUAUGAAAAUUGAGGAUAUUAAAGUUGCUCUAAAAGCAAAAAUUACCCAAGAAAGGAUUGGUGUAGAGAUAGAGAAAACCUUACGAGGACCCAAUCCUUUAACCGCUCUGCAAAGAAUCAACCGACUAGGCCUAUACGACACUAUUUUUGCCAACCAUCAAGAUAAUGCCGGAGUUGAUAUAUCACACUGGGAAAGGGGUUACAAUGCCCUCGCGCUUCUGUUAAGCAAGUCGACUGGAAAUAUAACCGAGUCGCAGAAGACGCGAAACCAUGUCCGAGAUAUCCUUAUCCGCAAUGAAAACGAAAGAUAUUUUGCUUGGUUUCUUGCUGCGCUUGCCCCGUGGACCAUUGUUGCAGAUCCAAAGCCGUCCAAAUCCUCAAAUCCUCUAGUGCCACGCGCUACAACCGUGGCUAGAGAUAGCCUCCGUGCAGAUAACAGGGCUGCUGGUAUUAUCUCUGCAGCCUCCAAGAACUAUCGGAUGAUCUGGGAUGUCAAAUCGUCUUUUCUCAAGAACGAAAUCGCCGAUACUCCUGCUGAGAUGCGUGUGAAAAUGGGACAGUUCAUCCGCAGUCUGUCUCAUGACUGGCGAUUAUGUUUCGUACUUGCUAUACUCCUUGAAGUUAUGCAGAGGCAAGAAGCAGAUCAAGUAUUUUACAGCUAUGGGAAAUUGCUUUCGUACAUUGAAGAGAGCAAUCUUCUCGACGUGUGCUCCCUGCGCACACCUAUCAAUGGACGAGACAUCAUCAACGCUCUCAGCGUGAAGACGGGACCUUGGAUGACUAGGGCCCUGGAUAUGGUUAUCGAAUGGCAGCUUCGCAACCCAGAAGAAACAAGCAAGGAGGCUGCAAUAAAUGAAAUUCUUAGAAGGAAAGAUGAAUUAGGAUUAAGUAGCAAAUAA